AGAUGAUUUUUCUUCUUCUUGUUUUCGAACUGUAGAAUUCAGAAAGCAGUUCGCCUGGUUCUUUGGCUGGGACAACGUCGAUUCCAAACAAGAGAGAUUUUGCCGCCUUCCGUUGCUUUUGUAAUCCUUGGUUGAUUCGCGUUCAACGACCUGUUUCAGUGAAGCUCCGCAACUAUGGACGCCGAGUCUGCGGCGAAGUCUAGGGAAUUUGGCGACGAAGUUGCGGAGGAGGAGGAAGACUGGGAACUGGUUAACGCCGGGCCGCCGCCGCCGCCUCUGUUAAUUGCUCGCGGCGGCCCUUUGUUUACAUCGAGUUUGGUCAGUCCAGUCACUCGAAUCCCCGAAUUCGAAGAUGCCAUUCUCAGUGAGCUCCAGAGUUUGAAGGAAGAGUUGGAUUUUGAUUCUACUGAAGCCCGCGACCACGAUGAUAUCACGGUCAAUGACAUUAAAAUUCUCAGCAAUGAGGAGUUGGUGGAGAUGGCAUUCAAAGAAGUUUUUAAAGAGGAUGGUGGGGAGAACGUAAGUUCAUCGCAGCCUUCUGUACCACAGACGAAUGAAAGAGCAGAAAGUGAUCGUAGAGUGUCCAGCGGAGCGCAAACUCGGUCAAGAAGCACUCAAAGAGGAAGUGGUACUUCAGCUUCUUUAGAAUCCACCAAUGUUGACAGUAGCGACACUAGGGAAGGUGACAAGAAGUCUAGGAAGAGAAAAAAAGACAUGUUGAAGUCUCGUGUGCGAACUUGGCAUUUUUGUUAUAUGCUAGCAGCAUAUAAAUUUUCUGUUGUUCUGGCACAAGUUUUCACAUAUCCUUUCACUCAAGUUACUGAAUACGCUGAUAUUGCUUAUCCAGGAGAGUUACCCUCCAAAAGUUGAUGAGCUACUGAAAAUCAAACAGGAGCAGGAUGAAGAAAAAGCAACAGCUGAAUUGCAUUCCCUCAUUGCUGGUCACAAGGCCAACCAAAGCUCUGCUGCAUUUCUAGAGAGUAUCACAAGAAUGAAAUCUCUGAGAUCUGUCAACUCAGAUAUGAAGCUUGUGAAGACCUCAAAUAGUCAAGAAGUACUUGUGCAGCUGCCUGAGGUAGUUCUUGUUGUGGAGGUGUACCAUAAUGUACAUCAAUGGCAAAAGACCCAAGAGUUUUUCGUGCUAGGAUGUCAAUGUUUGACAGAACUAAAGGACAAGAUAUUUUGCAGGACAGAUGAGAUGAUGAGAAGGUCAGGGCAUCAUGACCCCUCGGGAUAUUUUCUUAUAGAGGAUUUGUUCUGCAAUGAUCUGAGGGAACCCAAUUCAAUAGAUUAUAGUGAGCCUAUAUUUGACUGGCUUAGAAACGCGAAAGAAGAGGUCGAUCAGAAAUGGGAGUCCAUUAUAAGAGGAGACUUGAAGCGUAAACAAAAAGCUCUUUUGUAUAAGAUGCCACCUUCAAAAGUACCUGGAUUCCGACGGACGGAGAUGCAAUCCCUGCGAUUUUGUGAUCUGAGGUUUCAGCUUGGUGCUCCAUAUCUAUACUGUCAUCAGGGAGACUGCAAGCACACUAUCGUGAUAAGAGACUUGAGGUUGAUUAAUCCUAAUGACACACAGAAUCGAGCUGCUUAUCCAAUCGUGAGCUUUCGACUGAAACCGCGCCUGCAGAAAUGCAACGUCUGCAACAUAUUUAGAGCUAAAAAGGUGACGUUGAAUGACAAAUUGGCGAGUUAUAAUCCCUGCCACUUCUGCGAGAAUUGUUAUUUCCUUCUUCAUUACUCUGAGGAUUGGACUCUCUUGUAUGAUGACUUCACAGUAUACGACUACCUGCUCGAUUAGUUCUAUUCCUCAUUGAAUUAAUCCGGUGGGAGAUUCUCUCAUUCUAUAAACUUAUAUAUCAUUCGUUGAAUGUUCGUGUUUAGCAAACUGAAUACUCGUACUUGUUCAGUGUAAAUUAUUUAAAAG